AUGGGUUUCUUAGGGAGCGACCAUCCACAUACCUCCAUCACAGAGACUCUGAAUCGUCUAACGAAAUCUAAGAACCACGAUCUAGAGGUUGAGAUUGGAACUCUAGUCGAUUUGAUCAGAACUAGAGACAAAUAUCAGUACAAUGAGAAUCAAUUGGAAGCAGCAAGGACUUUACGUAAGAAAUUCAAAUAUGGUGACAAGACUCAAAUAUCGAGAUCCUUUGAUAUUAUGGAUCUUCUUAUUUCUCAAGGCAUCAAAUUAUCAGUGAUGUACAAUGAUUUUAAACUAUUAGACUCUAUGAACACUAUCUGUAGCCAACUCAAUGACAAACAAGGGUUGAUGAAAAGACAGUACUCUAGUAAAUUGAGUAAGAAAGGUGCUCAAUAUGCUAUAUCAUGGAAUGAAUACAUAGUGACUAACGGGUUAAGAGAUACUAAUUGUUAUAUGGGGUUAUACGAUAUGACUAUAAAAAUUAAACAAUCCUAUGAUCGUACCAAGAAUGAUCCAAAUACAUCGAAUGAUAAUUUUGGUACCUCCCGUUCAAAUACUUAUGAUCGUAAUAGCUCUAACAGCAGUGAUGAUAGUCGUAGUAUGGAUCGCUACAAUGCUCCUACAAAUAGGCCUGGUAGACGUGGUAGAGGUGGCAGUAAUGCCGGAAGACGUAACUUCAUGAAUGAUACUGCUGAUAAUUCGAUCUUUGGUGAAUCCUCACAAGUAGUUAAUAAUCCAGAUAGACUCUAUAGAAUUCCAACAAUUAAUAUGAAGAAAGAAACCCCCAAGAUUAAAAAUUUGAUUAGUGAUGCCCUAGCGGCCUCUACAGCAUUACAGAAUGCAUUGAUCAUGCUUCCAGAUGAACAAAAUGCUAUGUUAGAUAAGAAUGCCACGGAAAGUUUUGUCAAAGCCAGAAAUAUUAGAAGAAAAGUGUUAAGAUAUUUACAAUUGAUCACUGAAGGUGAUUUCUUAGGUAGUUUGAUCCAUGCUAAUGAUGAAUUGGUCAAUGCACUGACCCUAUAUGAUGAAAAGAGUUGGGAAGAAUCUGAGAAUGACUCUGCCGAUGAUGGUGCGUAUUCAGAUACAGAGGAUGAAGAGAGUUACAACAAUAACAGACGUUCAAAACGUUAUGAUGAUGACAACGACUAUGAUAGUGGUAAUAUUUACCAAUCAGAUAAUAGUGAUGGAGGGUUUUCAAUGGCAGCCAACAACCCAUUUGCUGACAAUAAUAAAUUAUAA